ACUCUCUCCAGUUCUUCUCUAAAUAACACAUUGUAAUCAUCCAUGGCUAGCAGCAAAACACAGACCCCUGAACCUACACAGGAAAUAACGCCUCAAAAGGCACUUGAGAUAUAUAAAAACGCUCUUAAUUUCAAUGUUAUACAUCGUUAUGAUCAAGCAAUCAAACAACUCUUAUACCUCACCUCACAUAGUGUUAUAUACAAGUUUGACGACGAUACUGAGGAAUGGAUAAAGACAGACUAUCAAGGAACCAUGGCAUUAUAUCUCAGAGACUUCUCACUCCCGCAAAACUCACAACCAGAAUUGGAGAAAUUAUUCUGUUAUGGACUUAUCUUACUUAAUAGAAACAAUCCAGAAUGUUUCUCCCUUGGUCUUUUACCCAAUAAAGUUUCAAAACAUUUCUUUCCUCAUGGUGUGGGAAGUAAUGGGAUCGUUGAAAUGGAUGUAGAAAUCAAUGAUAAUUUAAUCAUUGUCAAAAAUUUAUUGGGGGAUAUCUAUGGGUUAUGGGUAUUUAAUGAGGAUGAUAGAUUAAAAUUGUUUAAAUUGUUAGAAUUUUGUUUAAAGAAUGACCCUACAGGAUUAUAGAGAUUGAGAAAUUAUCACAAACGGGCUGAGCUCGGAUAUUCAACUUGAGGAUAUAGAUAUAGAUCCAAACACCAAGUCACAGAGUGGCAGAUGUUUUUAACAGAUUGAAAUAAAUUUAAUAUUGGUAGGGGUGUCUCUAUAAUUACCGGGGAAUCAGUACUUUGUAUAUGGUAGC